AACUAUUGCCGAUUGGUUUCAGUUUGUAAAUAACUCGCGGGUAUACAACAUUUAUAAACUAGUCGAGUGUAGCGCUUCUAUCAACAAUCUUAUCUUUUUCGAUUGAAAAUUUUUCGUGAUUGAAUAAUGUCAGAAAAUACAAAAAUUGUUCAAACGACAAAAGGUCCAGUGAAAGGAAUUCUUAAAACAUCUACUGUAGGAGAAGAGUACUACAGAUUCAGAGGAAUUCCGUAUGCCCGGCCACCAGUUGGAGACCUAAGAUUUAAGGAUCCGCAACCAGUUGAAGCAUGGACAACUCCAGUCGAUGCAACGAGUCAAGGUCCAACGGCAAUAGCGUUCAAUUUUGUAACUUUCGGAUUAAACGAGGGUCGCAGUGAAGAUUGUUUAACAUUGAAUGUUUAUACAAAAGAUAUAACUCCAACAAAACCUUUGCCCGUUAUGGUCUUUAUACAUGGAGGUGCUUUCAAGUAUGGAGAUACUACCGAAAACAGUUACGGACCUGAUUAUUUGUUGGAAAAAAAUGUCGUGUUCGUUUCCAUUAACUAUCGACUUGGAGCAUUCGGCUUUCUUAGUAUACCUGAUCCAUCAAUUAACAUUCCUGGCAAUGCGGGACUGAAAGACCAAAGAAUGGCCUUGCAAUGGGUACGGGAUAACAUUCACGCGUUCGGAGGUGACAAUAAGAAUAUCACAAAGCUAUCCUACAGUCUGGAACAGCAUUUGCUGACUGGUGCCAUAUUCCACAAUUGAACUGGGCUGAACGUUUGGCAAAGCAAUUGGGCUGGAAUGGAGAGGGAGGCACUGAUGGCUACUAUCAGUUUUUGAAAAACGUGGACGCAAAGCAAAUCGUUAAGCAACAGGAGAAAAUUAUGACCGAUGUUGAGAAGAAGCUGUGGAUAUUCUCGCCGUAUGCUCCCACAAUCGAACCAUAUGUUGCUGAGCAAAGUUUCUUUACGAAAAACCCUUCGGAACUAUGCAGAACAGCUUGGGGCAAUCGCAUACCAAUUAUUAUCGGCGGUAAUUCGGAGGAGGGAAUACUGUGGUAUCACGAUUUGAUCACAAAUACCAGUCGAUAUGAUCAGGAGGACAGUUUCAAGAAUUUAUUCAGUUUUGAAUUUGGAGAAGACAGUGAAAAGACGAAAUUGUAUGCGGAGAAAACAAAGCGAUUCUAUUACGACGAUGAGCGGCCGACAAUUGAAAAUAUUUCCAAAUUUAUGGACUUGAUUGGCGAUAGAAAUUUCAUUAAUGGCAUAAGUUUAGCCGUUAAAGCUCGUUGCAAUGAUCCAAACUCUGCACCCACAUACUUGUACCGAUUCAAUUUUGAAUCAGCAACCGGUUUCACGAUGAUAAAGCAUGCACUUAUGGCAUCGGAAGUUCGAGGUGUUUGUCAUGCUGAGGAAUUGGACUACUUAUUCAAAACGUCAUAUGGCAAGCCAGUGAUCGACGGUAGCCUCGAACAGAAGACAAUGCAACGUUUGAUCUCUUCGUGGACUCAAUUUGCAGCAACCGGAAAUCCUAACAAUGACGUCAUCGAAAUUACUUGGGAACCUGUGGUUAAAUCAACUAAUCAACCCUUCUAUUGCUUGAAUAUUUCCAAUGACGUUACGUUCAUCAAAUAUCCAGAAACCGAACGAUGUGCAUUAUGGAAUUCGUUCGUUUGAAAACUAUCUUUUCAUCUUCUAUGAAUAAAGUUGAUUUUGAGGAAGAU